AUGAGAGGAUGAAACGGAAACAGUUGGCGUUUGAAAUGAAGACAAAGCCUCUGAUGUUCCACAGACGCUGAAAGAGAACUCGACACUUAACAACGUUUCAUCGAGAAACUGAUUCAACAAUUACGGACAAAAGAAAAACCCUGAUGGCGCCGAUCGUCAACAGAAACAAUCAACAACGAUCAGUUUUUGACUGAAGAGAAGACGGAGUUUGGGAUCAGUUUGGAUGAAGUUCAGGAUCAGUUUUUGUCUCAAACGAAGACAAAGUUCGGGAUCAGUUUAGAAGAAGUUCGGGAUCAGUUUAGAAGAAGUUCGGGAUCAGUUUUUGACUUAAGCGAAGAUGAAGUUCGGCAACACUUGCUGCACGCUGAAUGUUGGCGGUCGCAGGUUUUCACUCUCGUCAGAGACGAUGAAGCGACUCCCGCUCAGUCGACUCAGUCGCCUGCAUCGCUGCGCGUCGGAGACUGAACUGCUGGAACUGUGCGACGACUACGACCGCGACAGCAACGAGUUUUUCUUCGACCGGCACUCGGAGGCCUUCAGCUUCAUCAUGUUGUACCUGCAGCACGGAAAGCUCCGCUUCGUGCCGCACAUGUGUGAGCUGUCAUUCUACAAUGAGAUGCUGUACUGGGGCCUGGAGAGCGCCGACCUGCAGCCCUGCUGCCAGCGCCGCCUCGACGACCGCAUGUCUGACUGCUUUGUCCACUUUUUCCCGGAGGAGGCGCCACGGAGCACUAACGAGCCCCAGAGCCGUUGGCUGGAGAGGAUGAGGAGAACGUUUGAGGAACCCACGUCAUCAGUGGCAGCACAGAUCCUCGCCUCAGUGUCGGUGCUCUUUGUGGUGGUUUCCAUGGUGAUGUUGUGCGCCAGCACCUUACCGGACUGGAUGUCUGCGGAGACACUGGACCAGCACAGGGUCAUCGAAGCGGUCUGCAUUGGUUGGUUCACGGCCGAGUGUAUCAUCCGUUUCCUUGUGUCCCGUGAUAAGUGUGAGUUUGUCUGUCGACCUCUGAACAUUAUCGACCUGUUGGUGAUCACGCCAUACUACGUGUCUGUUACCGUGACGAGCCUGACGGGGGAAAACUCCCAGCUGCAGCGCGCUGGUGUUACACUGCGAGUCUUGCGCAUUAUGCGGAUCUUCUGGGUGAUAAAGCUGGCGCGUCACUUCCUGGGCCUGCAGACGCUUGGCCUGACGCUGCGGCGCUGCUACCGCGAGAUGGUGAUGCUGCUGGUCUUUAUCUGUGUUGCCAUGGCAAUAUUCAGUGCGCUAGCCCAACUGCUGGAGCACGGGCUGGACCUGGAGAACGGAAACCAGGACUACGCCAGCAUUCCCGCUGCCUGCUGGUGGGUCAUCAUCUCCAUGACGACAGUGGGCUAUGGUGACAUGUAUCCCGUGACGGUGGCGGGUCGUGUGUUGGGCGGCCUCUGCGUGGUCAGUGGCAUCGUGUUGCUCGCGCUGCCAAUCACCUUCAUCUACCACAGCUUUGUCCAGUGCUACCACGAGCUCAAGGUGCGUUCUGAGCGCUGUAGUCACACCCUGUCCGCCGACUUCAUCAACUGACCACAGUCUGCCAGCUUCAUCAACUGAUGAGUUGACAACUGUGUCAAGUCAUGUCAAUCUGCUGACUUUGGUCCACCAACCACAGUCCGACAACUCCGCCAACCGACCGCAGUCCGACAACUCCGCCAACCGAGCAUAGUCCGACAACUCCGUCAACCGUCCACAGUCCGACAACUCCGUCAACCCACCACAGUCCGACAACUCCGCCAACCAAUGAGCUGCUGUUGCUGAGGUGGCCAAAACUUUCCAAACAAUCUCGCUACAGAGGCAAGAAAUACAAGGUCAUGACCUCAGGUCUUUACUUGUGUUGUUCAGGUUCAUCUUAGCUUUUAGAAACUAAUAAUCAUAAUUAUCUAUAUUAUAUAUUCAUUUCAUCAUGACUUCUCGUGUGUGUGUGUGUGUCAGCCAGUGAGUUCAUUCUGUCAUCACACUGAAGUUCAUACACCCCCCCCACCCCGCCUCGGUGUAAGUGGACACCACCGGUUUCUAAGGCAACGACAGACUUAACGGGAAAUGGAAGUGUCUGAACAUUUGUUUUGUCAGAGCAUCGAAGGACGAGCUGCUGCUGAGUGACAAUGACACACACACACACACACACACACACAGUGCCAUUCAUAUAUCACUAAGUUAAAUGUAUAAGGUUAUAAAAAUGUUGUAUAUAUGUGUGUUCACUGUGUAUGAUGUUAUUAUGUUAAUGAGGGCGGAGCUUCCUGUGUGUGGGUGUGUUAAUGAAUCCUGAACCUCUUCAUGAUCCGUCUUAUAUUGCUGGAUUAUGGAGGAUUAUCUGACUCACCAUGUGCCCACUGGGUGUGUGUUUGCUGCUGACUUCUUUUUAAUGACUUCAGUUUUAUUAGUUUUCAAAUAUACACAGAACAAAAACAUCAGAGUUCACACACACACACACGCAUAAAUAUUCCACAUUUACUGUCGUAUUUUUCCACCUCGUUUAUCGGGUUUGUACGAUCAAGCGUCUCAACGUGACCUCACACUCCAUUCCAGUAGGGGGCGGUAGUGUGCAUGAAAGAACUAAACCAGAAAGGUUCUCCCUCCUCUCUCUUGCUUGUCCUUUCCUUCUUCUUCAUUUGUUUACUUUUUUAUUAUGUUGAUGUGGGCGGAGCCAUUCCUCAUCUCAAAGCACCAAACACGCUGUUAUCGUAAAAACAUGUUUUGUUCUGCACGUGAUGUGUAUUUUAUUUUAUAA